UGAUUGAUGGUGUAUGGUGACUGACUUGAAAUACUAAUGGAGGGCAAGGAAGCAGCACUGGCAACAAUCAGGGAAGAAGUGGACGAGGAUAAGCUAGACUAUGCCACACUUGCCAAGCUAGGUGGCAGGAAAGAUCUGUUAGUGCACCACGAGCACACUGUUGUUCCUAAUGCUAAGCCUCAGUCAUAUCCAUGGGUUGAAUGGUUUGAUCAUACUCCUUUACCUGCUCAACCUGCUAAAGAUGAAGGAUCUGCCUCACGUGUUAAAAGCAGCUUUUUAACAUGGACUGUAGCCGAUGAAUCACUCUCACCAUCGAAUGCACUCCGUGCUAGACACAGGAGACUAACCUACCCACCUCAAGCUGGCAGAACCAAGAAGACAAGCCCCAAACUACCAUCACUAACUAGUGAACCUCCUCUUGACUUCCAUAAGUUAUUAUCCAUGGAGUACCAGAAGGAAUGGGUGGACAGCAACAGGAGAAGAGUAAAGGCUGCCAUAAUAAAGCAACAAGAAAAGAAGGAAAUCCAGAAGCAAAAACUGAGCCUUCACUCUAAAGCAAGGAAGUUGAAUGUGGAAGAGGCUGAGAAGAAACCACGUUUUAUAAUGAAGAGGUUUUUGAAUGUGCCAGCAAAAUUAAAACUUCCACCACUUUAGACAUAAUAAGGAUAAAGAUAACAAUAUGUUAUAUCAUUUAUUAUUAUUAUUAAUACUUUUUUGAUAAUAAAGAACUCAUUACUACA